GGUUCCGGUCUUCUCCGCAUCAUCCACGACCCGGCGGAUAUCGGGUCCGCGUUUUACGCCCGCUCCGGUGAUCCGACCGCCCGAUCCGCCAGCUCUCUUCUUCGCCCCAAUUACCCAGGUUCUGUCGGGCUUCCUUCUCCGACCUCGAUCCUCCUAUUUCCCCUUCAGCUCCGACGAUGCCCUAGCCCCGCCGGUUCACCCUGCCGGAGUUCCGCCUGACGCCCCUCUCCGCGCUAUCCUCCGCCAGCGCCUGAUCGCCCUUCUCCGUGCUAUCCUCCGCCAGCGCCUGAUUGCCCCUCUCCGCGCUAUCCUCCGCCAGCGCCUGAUCGCCCUUCUCCGUGCUAUCCUCCGCCAGCGCCUGAGCCCCUUCGGAGGCUCUUCCCGCCGGACCACUCCGCCGAGCUCGCUCCUCUCCAACCUCCUGCUGUCACUUCCCUGCUCUACCUUAGAGACGGUACGGAGCGGAGCGGAGAUGAUGAUGAUGCCGGCGCCGGUUCCCAACAGCCACCCGUACUCCGCCCCCGGGGAUGAGGACGCCUCGCUCUCGUCCAAGCUGGUGGCGGACCGUUACCUGAAGCGCGAAGUGCUCGGGGAGGGCACCUACGGCGUCGUCUUCAAAGCCAUCGACACCAAGACUGGGCAAACAGUUGCCAUUAAGAAGAUUAGGCUGGGGAAGUACAAGGAAGGAGUAAAUUUCACUGCACUAAGGGAAAUAAAAUUGCUCAAGGAACUCAAGGAUCCAAAUAUUAUCGAGUUGAUUGAUGCUUUCCCACACAAGGGCAACUUGCAUCUUGUAUUUGAGUUCAUGGAGAGUGACCUGGAGGCUGUUAUUCGUGAUAGGAAUAUAGUGCUUUCACCAGCCGAUAUUAAAUCCUAUCUCCAGAUGACACUAAAAGGACUUGCAUUCUGCCAUAGAAAAUGGGUCUUACACAGGGAUAUGAAACCGAACAACCUACUAAUUGCUGCUGAUGGACAGCUUAAGCUUGCAGAUUUUGGUCUUGCUCGGAUUUUUGGCAGCCCGGAUCGUAAAUUUACUCAUCAGGUUUUUGCGCGUUGGUAUAGAGCACCUGAACUAUUGUUUGGUGCCAAACAAUAUGGAGCUGGGGUGGAUGUUUGGGCUGCAGGUUGUAUAUUUGCUGAACUUCUUCUUAGACGACCCUUUCUGCAGGGUUCAAGUGACAUUGAUCAACUCGGAAAGAUUUUUGCUGCUUUUGGGACUCCCAACCCAUCUCAGUGGCCUGACAUGGUUUACCUUCCAGAUUAUGUUGAGUACCAAUAUGUUCCUGCACCUCCUCUCCGCUCGUUGUUUCCUAUGGCUAGUGAUGAUGCUUUGGAUCUCCUAUCAAAAAUGUUCACGUAUGAUCCGAAGGCAAGGAUAUCAGUGCAACAGGCAUUAGAGCACAGGUACUUUUCUUCUGUGCCAGCACCGACGAAACCAUCUUUGCUUCCACGACCACCUCCCAAGGGAGAGUCGCUGAAUAACAAGCCACCGGAUUUAAAUGCACCGGACGGUCCUCUUGUUUUGUCUCCUCCGAGGAAACUGAGAAGAGUGACAGUCCCUAAUGAAGGUUUUGACGGGAAAAAUUACCAACCAGAGAACGCUGAUGACGAUCAAUUUAGAGAAGCAAGGCAGGCUGAAAAUCAGAGCACAGGCCAGAGCAGUAAAGUCCCCAUGUCCAUAGAUGUUGGAGCUCUGUUUGGCUCACGGCCAUUUCCUCGGCCAACGUUGAACAGUGCUGACAAGUCACGUUUGAAGAGGAAACUUGAUUUGGAUCCGGAUUUUGAGAAUCCUCGGUGAUAUACACUCAAUUGUGUCCUCUGAUUAAUUUUUUUGCCUGGUAAACAUUACAUCCUACAUACAAGCUUUGUGUUAUUAUGAUUAUUCAGGAAAUUAUUUUGGGCAUUUAUCUGUCCAUAUAGAAGUCAUCUGCGAGAUCCCCGCAGAUCAGCGAGAUCCCCGGUAGCAGUAAAUUUGGCAUGAGAAGUGGUCUUUCUGACGGCAUUUUAUACUGGCAGGUAGAUUAGUUGAAGAGGAAAUUCAAAGUUGGAUUUUUCGUUGUUUCUCGUUAACUGUACGAUAAAGCACAUAAGAGCGUUCUUCGAUACCCGGGAACGUUCAUAAACAUGUAACUUAAUGCAAUUCUUUUUCUUAUCAUGUUCGGGCGUGUAUGUACUGCAUGCUGGCGUCUGAGAGACUGACUACUCUGAGUGAGUAAUGUGCUGCUUAUUAGUAGUUAGUUAUCUUCUUUUGGUUGAUUGUGGGUUUA